GCGCGGCCGCAGCACCGCCCGCCUCGGCGCCGCGCCGGCCCCCGCGCUCUCCGCGCGCCCGGCGCCCGCCCUCCGCCCCGGGUCCGGCCGCCCCUUCCCGCCGCCCGCGCUCGCCAUGCCCAGCAAGACCAAGUACAACCUUGUGGACGACGGGCACGACCUGCGGAUCCCCCUGCACAACGAGGACGCCUUCCAGCACGGCAUCUGCUUCGAGGCCAAGUACGUCGGGAGCCUAGACGUGCCGCGGCCCAACAGCAGAGUGGAGAUCGUGGCUGCCAUGCGCCGGAUCCGGUACGAGUUCAAAGCCAAGAACAUCAAGAAGAAGAAGGUGAGCAUCAUGGUCUCGGUGGACGGGGUGAAAGUGAUCCUGAAGAAGAAGAAAAAGCUCCUUCCGUUGCAGAAGAAGGAGUGGACGUGGGACGAGAGCAAGAUGCUGGUGAUGCAGGACCCCAUCUACAGGAUCUUCUACGUCUCCCACGACUCGCAGGACCUGAAGAUCUUCAGCUACAUCGCCCGGGACGGGGCCAGCAACGUCUUCCGGUGCAACGUCUUCAAGUCCAAGAAGAAGAGCCAGGCAAUGCGCAUCGUGCGGACGGUGGGCCAGGCCUUCGAGGUGUGCCACAAGCUGAGCCUGCAGCACACGCAGCAGAGCGCGGACGGCCAGGAGGACGGGCCGGGCGAGCGGAGCAGCCGCGGCUCGGGCGACCCAGGCUGCCAGCUCCCGGGGGCCGAGAGGGCCGCCACCGCCGCCACAGAGGAGACCGACAUCGACGCCGUGGAGGUGCCGCUGCCGGGGGCUGACGGCCUGGACUUCAGCCGAGGCGUGACGGACCUGGACGCCGUGGGGAAGGAAGGCGGCUCCCACGCAGACACCAAGGUGCCGCCCCUGGAGCCCGGGCCCGCAGCCUCGCCCAGGAUGCUGCUGCCCCCGGCCUCCGCACCGGACCCGGACCCCCGGACGCCGCUGUCCUCGCGCCACCAGCUGCAGCUCCUGCAGCAGCUCCUGCAGCACCAGCAGCAGCAGACCCAAGUGGCCGUGGCCCAGGUGCACCUGCUGAAGGACCAGCUGGCGGCGGAGGCGGCGGCGCGGCUGGAGGCGCAGGCCCGCGUGCACCAGCUCCUGCUGCAGAACAAGGACGCGCUGCAGCACGUGUCGCUGCUGGUCCGGCAGGUGCAGGAGCUGGAGCUGAAGCUGUCGGGACAGAACGCCAUGGGAUCCCAGGACAGCCUGCUGGAGAUCACCUUCCGCUCCGGGGCCCUGCCUGUGCUCUGCGACCCCACGACCCCCAAGCCCGAGGACCUGCCCUCGCCGCCCCUGGGCGGCGGCCUGGCCGACCUGGCCCCACCGGCCGGCAGCCCGUUAGGUAGGCACGACUGCUUGGUGAAGCUGGAGUGUUUCCGCUUCCCCGCGGGGCCGCGGGGCCGGCCGCUGCUGGGCGGCCUGGAGCUGCUGCGGUUCCGGGAGUCGGGCAUCGCCUCGGAGUGCGAGUCCACCACGGACGAGAGCGAGGAGGAGCCGCCGCGCCUGCUGCACGUGCGGCGGCGCCAGGAGCCGGGCGACACCCUGGACGACGAGGUCGCGGUGUAGGCGGGGCCGCGGGGCUGCGCGGUGGCUCGGGGGCAGCGGGCAGGCCCUGCCAGAGUCUGCGGCUGCAGAGGAGGACGAGGGUCUGCUCCCGAGGGGGCCGUGGAAGACACUGGGGGGCCACGGGACCCACUUCCCCUCCCCCCACGACCUCAGGAGGGGCGGCCAGGCCUUUUGGAGCCCGGGGCUUUGGCACAGGGCCCCAAGGCCAGCCCUCCGCAGCCCCUGCUGCGCAGUCUGGUCGGGAAGGGGACUGCGUGCCUCCUCAGGUGCCUUGUGUCUGGACACCCCGCCGUGGCCAGCUGCCUCGCAGGACAGGGCCCCCCCGGCCCCUGCAGCGGUGUGGGGGCCGGACGCUCUGGGUCCCAGUGGGAAGGACGGUCCUCCCGUGGCAGUGUGCCACGGGCCGUGCUCAGGUCCCUGCACCGGCGGGGGGGGGUGCCCCACGUCCACCGUGAGUGUGCUUCCCAGGGAGACGGGCCUGCGAGGGGAGGGCGGCCUCUUCGCUGCCGCUCGCAUCGCUCAGUUCCGACUCCUGUCCACCCACCUACGAGCCCUGCCGUCGGUGUAGGAGGCUUUCGCUGCACCUGACCUCUGACCUCUGGGAAAGGCCCGAGCCCCAGCCCCACCUCCCGGCAGCCCCUCUGCUGGGCAGCAGGGCUAGUUCUUGCUGCAAGAGACCGGCACAGGCUGGAAGCGGACGUUGUGGUGCCCGUGGUCCAGAGCCACGGCCACCUCAGCCGGGGGCCGCAGCCACGCCCCCCGACGUGUCUCUGGGCCGUGCCGGGAGCGCACAUGGGCGGUCCUCUCGCCUGGCCACCUGGCCCUCGCCACUCGGCACCGGGGGGCGGGGGGUGCUGGGCUGUGAGGACGAGCUCUUCUGUGUGGCCCGGCCCGAGGGUGGGUCGGCCAGGUGGUCUCACUGGACGCAGGUGACGCAUUGGACAGUGGGACCGAGAGCAGAGGUCGCAGCUGCGUGCGUGGUGCCUGGUGUCGGGUGGGGUGGCGUGUGCGUGCGUGCUGUGAGCGUGUGCGCGGGGUGCGGGGGGUGUGCGGGUUGUGAGUGGCAGGUGGGAGAGGACGGUGUGUGGGUGUGUGGGUCGCCGGUGGGGGCGUUUUCCUCACGGCGUCUGGCCAGAGAGCGUGGUUCUGCCGGCAGUCCUUGCUGAUUCAGCGAUGGCGGUGGGUGUGGACACGUGAGCGGGAGGAAGGGCUGGACCAUGAGGCCCCAGAAGCCGAGGGACUGCCGUCAGGCUUCGGGUGGGGCCGACGUGGCAGGCUCCUCGGGGGGCCCCCGGAGGCCGCCAGCGUUGGGAGUCCGGAGACCGGAAGGUCUGGGUCUGAGGCCCCACCUGAGGCCGGUGACAGUGACGUGGUGGGACCCUGGGCGAGAUGGGGGUGGGAAGACAGUGCUUCCAGGUGAGUGAAGGGGACCCAGGCGGCAGUGGAGGAGAGGUGACAGCUUUGGGGACGCUGAUCCCUGAGCCCCUGGCUUAACCCACCCACGCCUGGCCCUCCGAGUGCACAGGGCUUCCAGACGCCUGGCCAGCCCCAGCCUCGCCCCAGGGGGCCCAGGCCAGCACAUGCCGGGGCGGACCUGGGCUCGGGACAGACCGGGGGGCCUCUCGCUCUGCUAACCGAGUCCUGCCCCCCACCUCCCCGCUUGUCCCCCUGCUCUGCCCCGUGUGGAGGACACAUGGACACUGCGGCCGGCCCCCCAGGCCCACAGUGCGGACAGACGGACAGCACCUUUCUGCGGGGCUUCUGCACAGCCCUGGGCUGCCGGCUCCCUCCGCCGGGGCGUCCUGGGCGGGGGCUGCGUCCCUCGGCCUUGCCGGCCAGGCGCUCGCCCCCCGCAGCCCCAUGGGGGGCGCUGUGGGACGUGCGCUCUGGGAAAGCUUGU